CAUCAUGGCGGCGUCCACUCGUAGCGUGCAGUUCGCUUUGCGGAGAGCGAUAGCUCCGUCGUUGGUGGUUGUUUUGGGAGCUACCGGCACCGGCAAGUCCAAGCUGGCGAUCGAGAUCGGAAAACGGCUUCAGGGAGAAAUAAUCAGCGCCGACUCCAUGCAGGUGUACCAGGGCCUCGACAUCAUCACCAAUAAGGUGACGGCGGAGGAGCUCGCCCAGUGCAGACAUCACAUGAUCAGCUUUGUGGACCCGCUAGUUAGCAGCUACACGGUGGUGGACUUCAGGAACAAAGCCCUGGCUCUGAUAGAUGACAUGCACAGCAGAAACAAACUGCCAAUCAUUGUUGGAGGAACAAAUUAUUACAUUGAGUCUCUGCUGUGGAAGGUCCUGCUGGAUACAGGGCAGGAGAACGAAGAGUCAGAGGAUGGAGGAGACGGAGCUCCAAACAGGAAAUUGGAGUUGGAAAAACUGGGAGCAGAUGAGUUACACAAACGACUGGCAGAGGUGGACCCCAAAAUGGCUUCCAUGUUGCACCCCAACAACAAACGCAAGAUUGCCAGGAGCCUGCAAAUCCAUGAGGAGACAGGCGUCCCCCACAGUCACUGGCUGGAGGAGCAGAGGGGGCAGGAAGGAGGCGAUGGGCUGGGGGGCCCGCUGAGGUACCCAGACCCCUGCAUUUUCUGGCUGCAUGCAGACAUGGAGGCUCUAGACAAGCGGUUGGAUGCUCGCGUAGAUGAGAUGUUGUCUGCAGGACUGAUAGAGGAGCUAAGAGACUUCCAUGUCCGCUAUAAUCAGCAGAAAGUCCAGGAUGACAGUCAGAGCUAUCAACAAGGGAUUUUCCAGUCCAUUGGUUUUAAGGAGUUUCAUGACUACCUGACUGCUCCUGAAAGCAGAACCCAGCAGGAGAAACACACACUACGAGACAAAGGUAUAGAAGCUGUGAAGAUCGCUACAAAGCGCUACGCCCGCAAACAGAAUAAAUGGGUCCGUAACCGCUUCCUUAAACGACCUGGAGACAACGUGCCAGCGGUGUACGGCCUGGAUGCGACGGACGUGUCGAGGUGGGAGGAGACGGUGCUGAACCCUGCACUGCAGAUACUGGACAGUCUCAGUAAGGGUGAGGAGCCAAAGAUUCCACCGAUCAGAGUACAGGAGGCGGGGCAGAAAAACAAACGGAGCCUCCACACGUGCGAUCUGUGCGACAAAGUGAUCAUCGGUGACCUUGAGUGGACAGCUCACCUGAAGUCCAAGAAGCAUCACUAUCAUGUGAGGAAGAAGAGGAAGUCUGAUCCGACCUGUGACCAGUGCACCGCCGCAGCUCCUGCCUCUGCAGGGGAGACUCUCUCAAAGGACGCCACUUGUGCUCCUGUUGCCCCGGGCUGCAGUGAAACCUCUCAGGACUCUUCCCAAGACACCAGGACAACACACAAGGAAGUACCGGUGACAUUUUAGCGACUGCGCUGACUCUGGCCUACAUACAUUUAUUCAGGUUUCCACCACUGUUCUGCACUAACACAGGACUCUGGACGGUCCUUAUAGAAUCACAAAUGUGUCCACGUGUUUUGUUUUUUUUUUUACUAGGAGGGCCCCGCUGGGAGAGUGUGUGCUCGGGCUAUCGUCUACCAUAAUAUUUCAAAAGGAUAAAAGCUCUUCCAGCCCUGAAAAUUCAUAACACGGAUCCUUGCUGAAUGUGGAUAGCAAUGAACAUAUUUGAGACAUAUUUUUGUUUUUUGUUCGUGGGCUCAGAGUUGAUGGUCAGGACGAUUCAACGUUUUGGACACAGAAAGAUUAAGGAUUCUUUUUUGUCUCCUCCUGAAAACCUUGGUUAAAUUGUAAGAGGAAAUAUUAUUUUUCUAUUUUUGCUGAAUGUGCCUUAACUUAACUAAGCGGUGACCUCUCAUAUGGUUCGCACCAAAUGAAAAUCUUCCAUUUCUAAAAUAUUAGCAUUUCAGGAUUAAAGCGUCUGUGCCUCGUGUUAAGCCUAACCAUCAUGCACUUUUAAACUCAUCCAGCUGAAUUUGAAAAUAUUGAAUAAACCAGAGGAUCUUAAAUUUUCUCAA